AUGUGUGCCACUGAAGCAUUUAAUUUCAUGAGAAAUUGGUUUCUUGCACACAACGAAUUUCCAGAUUUAUUUAUUAACAUGUUCUAUAGGCAUCAUGGAGAAAAAGAUUAUUUUGAACAAAUUCAACCUUUCCUAAAACACCUCGUCAAGGCCAACCUUGAAAAAUAUGACCAAGAGGAAAUCAUGAAACGACUGGAACAUCAAUAUCCGAAUUUUUCUGUGUUUUUAGAGGAAUGCAAGAAAUACGCCUCACACGAUUCUUGCAGUCAUUGGUUUUAUUCCAGGUCGCAAAUUAGAGAGGCUUUUUCGUAUAUGGAACAACAUGAUUCUAAAAUGGUUGCCAAAAACAACUUGACAACAACCUCCUAUUAUGACAUUGUAUUUCGAUUAAGCCCUGAAGUCAUGCUUGAAACACGAAUUGACUUGGUCAAUUUCACAAUGGAUCCUAACACUUUUUAUACCUCACAACUGUACUCUGGAGAAGGAGUCAAUGAUGAGAUUGGUUUUGGAUCUAUAAAAGUCAUGAGGACAUACUCCUCACUCUUGCUGAAGGCAGAAAAGUUGGCAAGUAUUACCUUGGGAUUUCAUCCGCAACUUUAUUUAAAGAACCAUUUGUUGGAGAAGCGUGAUGUGAAACUUCUUCCAAUUGGAUACAGACGUCUUAGAGGUCUUGAAUUUGCACACCACGGAUCUGAGAUUAGAGAACCUUUUGAUGACCUAAUAGUGAUGAACGACAUUGGUCAACCACAGCCUUCUACAAACUAG